AUGUCCAUGGCCCCGCUCAGCUUCCGCCCGACAGCCACCGCGCGCCCGCUGUUCCGCUGCUUCGAUGACGGCGCCGACCGGGACGUCAGCUUCCUGCAGGACGUCCACCCCGACGUCGGCGACGCGCUCCUCGGCUUCGUCUACGACCCGCUCGACCCCGCCGUCAACGCCGGCCUCGACGAGUUCCUCAAUAUCCCGCCCUACGGCGACGGCGACGACGACGACGAGGACGGCCGGCAGCGCUGCGCCAAGAAGCCGCGCGCGGCGGGCUUGGAGGAGGACUCGUGGUUCGACUUCACUGCGGCGGACGGAAGCAUCGGCCAGAAGUGGGACAAUGCCUGCACGCAGCAGGUGCCGGAGUUCCUCCCCGAGUUCGUGCUGCCACUGCCCCCGCCCCCGCCCCCGCCUCCGCCGCCGCAGGUGUACCCGCCGUUCGUGCGCGGAGCGGACGCCAAGAAGCUGCAGGCCGCGGGCAACGGGUCCUCGCAGAGCGCCGCGGCGAGGGAGCGCCGGAGGCGGAUCAGCGAGAAGACGGCGGAGCUGUCGCGCCUCAUCCCCGGCGGCCACAAGCUCAACACCGCCGAGAUGCUGCAGGAGGCCGCGCGCCACGUGAAGCUCCUCCAGGCCCAGGUCGGCAUGCUCACCCUCCUGAACAGCAUCGAGGACGAGAAGGUGCCGGCCAUGGCGCAGGAGCACAUGCACGCGCUGCUCGUGUGCGGCGGCAUGCAGGAGCGGCUGGCCGCCGAGGGCAAGUGCCUGGUGCCGAGGGCGCUGGUGGACACCAUUGCCAAGGACGCCGCCGUCAGGUCGAACGCGCUGGUGAACAGGGACCUCACCCGGUUCACGGAGUCGCUGGCCGCGGAGAAGAAGUAG